CUGCUGUCAUGAGAAGCAGCCGCAGCCCCUCUGAAUGAAGGCAUUCUUCAUUCCGAGCGGCUGACCAAUAAGUUUUCUUCAGGCUUUGGCGUUUGACGCGUCAAGACGGCGCGCCCACCGCACAUCUCACAGCUCCACCGUCCCUUCAAAGGAGCACAGUUUAACUUGGAUGGGCACACGGAAAGACAACACACAUGCUGCAGGGACGCUUUAGCGAAGGAGCGGGGGAGUUAGGGGAGAAGGCUCGGUAACAAAAACAGAUCAACAGGCUAAUGUAGCAGCAAAUGUCACCCGGGAGCUGUCGGGGAUCUCGCCCAAAAACUUCUAAAAGGGAGCGCUGCACUUUUUGGAGCAACUCCUGACACACCCAGCCAUAACUUCAACACAGGAACUAAAUGAUUGGAAAGAACGGCAAGACAGGCAACUGGAUCCUUCCUGAGAACAAUUAAGACUAAAACAAACUGUGAGAUAACUUGACCACAGAGCACCUUGAAACCAUGGAUGACCCUGGCGAGGACUAUGGAAACUACACCUAUGAAUAUGACCUGGAGUAUGGGGACUUGGAGGACCUUAAGGUGGACCACAGGCAGAUGGAAACUAUGCACAUCAUCUCAGUGGUCAUCUACAUCAUCUGCUUUGUGCUUGGUGUGAUUGGAAAUGGCAUUGUCAUUUGGGUGACGAUAUUCAAAACCAAAAGGACUGUCAACAGCAUCUGGUUGCUCAAUCUCGCCGUUGCAGAUUUUGUUUUCGUGCUUUUUCUACCUUUCUACAUCGACUACAUCCUGCGUGACUUCCACUGGAAUUUUGGCAAAGCCAUGUGUAAGAUUAACUCAUUUGUGUCUGUGAUGAACAUGUAUGCUAGUGUGCUCUCCCUCACUGUGCUCAGUAUCGACAGAUAUGUUUCUCUUGUGCACCUCAACUGGUCUCAGAGGCACCGGACUGUGGAAAGGGCCUGGGCUGUGUGUGGGUGCAUAUGGGUGCUUGCUGCUAUCUUGAGCUGCCCUGCGCUGAUUUUUCGUGACACAAUGCGCUUACAUGACAAGAUAGUGUGCUUCAAUAACUUCCACGAAAAAGACGGAGGCAUAGCAGCCAUGAGACACAUUAUUAUCGGGGUCAUCCGCACUACCGUAGGCUUCCUUUUUCCUCUGACUGCCAUCUGUGUGACAGGCAUACUUCUGACUAUCAAAGUGAAUCAGUCUAGGGGCUCAGUUCGCUUUUCGAACUUCUCCAAGACAGUAUCAGCUGUAAUUCUGGCCUUCUUUUUAUGCUGGGCACCUUUUCAUACUUUUGGCUUGAUGGAGUUAUCCAUGCAUUCCUCAUUAUACUUGCACAACGUACUCAAAACUGGCUUUCCUCUUGCCACCAGCUUAGGCUUCUUUAACAGCUGCAUUAACCCCCUGCUUUACAUGCUUGUAGGGAAAAAAGUGCGUAAUAUCCUUAAGCGUGCAUGCCUGGAUAUUACUAAGAAUUCACUGAGAGAGCUCAGCCAGUCAGUCUCCGCCACUGAGAUGGAGUCUGUGCCUGGAGUUCACCACGACGGUGUGCCAGAGGAGUCUGUGGAGUCAUCAACUCUAUGAUUAAAACCAUUAUCAGACUGUAGUGGAAAACAAGAAGCCAAGGCAGGCUGUUACUCAAGCAUAUAUGCUGAUCUUUCCAACUCUGGUGAUCAGAUUUUCCUAGUUUGUUUCACUUUGACAGUUAUUAACUUAUACGGAAAAUUUAUCUUGAACUGGGUACACUGCAUACCGAGAUUGUAAUGUUUAGUUCUUUCCCAUGUGACUCAGUAAAAGAGAAAGAUAUACUGUCCAAAAAAAGUCUCAUGAUACAGUCUGAUACAAUGGUAAACUGAAUAUCUUUGGGUUAGCAACAUUUGUGUGACAAAAAACAAGUGUACAGGGCCAUGCUAGGCGCUAGAACACAAUGGACUCUAACAUUUUAUACACUCUCUUAAGCCUAGAUCAGGUGUAGUAUUGUGAUUAUAAAAUUGUCAACUAUAUUCUUGUAAUAAAAUUGCAUUUACAAAACAUUAAUAUCAUUGUACUCUUGAAAAUAGCAUAUAUGGCUCCUAGAGAUGCUAAAUGUUGAACAUGUUUUUUUUUUUUGAGACUAACAUUAUAACAUGUUAAUAUAGUUUUUUAUAUUUGAUAUAUACUUGCUGCUGGUGAACUCUUAAUAUAUUGUAAGAUUUUUAAAUUUGUUGAAUUUUAUGAGUAUUUUAGGCUAAUAUAUUCCUAAAUAAAUAUCCUAUUCUGAACAUA